AUGGAGGACAUCUCCUUGGACUCCACCCCUAGUGGCAAGGACAUCCCUUGCGAUCCCGUGGAAGAAAUAGGUGUAUCGAUUACGUUUCCUGAAGCUUUCUUCAUGAAUCCUUUCGCUGUCACCCUUCCCGGGGAUCUCCCUUGUCUGAACCCAAUCUCCAUGGAGCAACCUGACCCUGUCACGUCUUCCUCCAGUCCAGCAUGGACUAUAUACCCCCCCCCUCCCGUCCAAAGUGGGAGGGUGGAGAAGGCUCGACCAAAAUCAAACCCUUCGAGUACCACUAGUAGGACCUCAUCACCCUUCCACAUUGUUGAACAGAAGCCACCUCCCUCCACCGGGGAUGCCACGAAGAAGUCUAGCACCGACAAACCCGCCAAAUAUGGAUCUCAAAUCCACUUUGUCGAUAUGGCAGACAAGAAAGGGGCACAACGUAUUCGGAACACGAUGAACUCUCGGAAGCACCGCCAGAACAAGCUGGAUAAGAUCAGAGAGUUGGAGUCGAAGCUGGCUGCUCUUGAGGAGGAGAAGAGCACCUGGUUCAGUAAGGGCAAGGAAUCAAGCUCCAAAAAGUGA